UUUAUUCAGGAUCAAAAAAUGAGUGGCCGCUUUUCUCGCACAAUCUAUGUUGGGAAUCUUCCCUUGGAUAUAAGAGAAUGGGAAGUUGAAGAUCUAUUUUACAAGUAUGGGCGUAUAUUGGACAUUGAAUUGAAGAUACCACCCCGUCCUCCUUGUUAUUGUUUUGUGGAGUUUGAGAGUUCUCGAGACGCUGAAGAUGCGAUCAGGGGUCGUGAUGGAUAUAAUUUUGAUGGUUGUCGCCUGAGGGUUGAACUUGCUCAUGGUGGUCGAGGGCAAUCAUCCUCAAGUGAUCGCCGUGGUGACUAUGGAGGUGGACGCAGCAGUGGUGGUGGUGGAGCUGGACGUUUUGGCAUAUCACGGCAUUCUGAGUACCGAGUUAUUGUUCGAGGGCUGCCAUCAUCUGCCUCCUGGCAGGAUCUUAAGGAUCAUAUGCGCAAGGCUGGUGAUGUAUGUUUUGCCGAAGUUUCCCGUGACAGUGACGGGACAUUUGGCCUUGUAGACUAUACCAACUAUGAGGACAUGAAAUAUGCUAUAAGGAAGCUUGAUGACACUGAGUUCAGAAACCCCUGGACAAAGACCUAUAUUCGGGUAAGGAGGUACGAUCGUAGCCCAUCAAGGAGUCCCAGUAGGAGCCGCAGCAGAAGCAGAAGUUUGGGAAGGAGCAGGAGCAGGAGCAAUUCCUUGGAGAGAUCUGUCUCAAAAUCGCCAUCGAAAUCUAGAUCUGCAUCUCCAGUGAAACCAUCAAGAGCAAGAUCGAGGUCGAGAUCAGAAUCUCCACGUCCGCGUCAGGUGAGGAGUCCCUGAGCAAACCGAGGGAUUCAUGUGUGUUGAUGCAGAUGCAGCAGCAUAUAACUUGGGAUUUGAUUAUGUGUUUUGUUUAGUAGAUAAAAAGAAAUGGUAGUUUGUGUAGUAGAAGUAGAAUUGAAGUGGUGUAAUGUAAUGUAGUAAUGCGAGUCUUGCUGCUUAUUUUAAUUUUUCGUUCAAAAUGCGGAGUGCUAUUGCUUCAAACAUUGCAACUUAACUUAUAAUUGCAAGCAUUAUCGUUUUGUCAA